GCGCUGUACGUGUGACGGAACCUGUGCGUGGGAGUCAUGGGUGUUCGUCGGGCGCUGCACUUCGUGUUCAAAGUGGGAAAUCGCUUCCAGACGGCGCAUUUCUAUCGUGAUGUCCUGGGGAUGAAGAUUCUGCGGCAUGAGGAAUUUGAAGAAGGCUGCAAAGCUGCAUGUAAUGGGCCUUACGAUGGAAAAUGGAGUAAAACAAUGGUGGGGUUUGGGCCUGAAGAUGAUCAUUUUGUUGCAGAACUGACUUACAAUUAUGGCAUUGGAGACUACAAACUUGGCAAUGACUUCAUGGGUAUCACACUCGCUUCUAGCCAGGCUGUCAGCAAUGCCAAGAAUGUGGAGUGGCCGCUCAGAGAAGUUGCGGAAGGUGUUUUUGAAACUGAGGCUCCAGGAGGAUAUAAAUUCUUUUUGCAGAAUCACACUCUCCCUCAGUCAGAUCCUGUAUUGAAAGUAACUCUAGCAGUGUCUGACCUUCAGAAGUCCUUGAACUACUGGUCUAAUCUAUUGGGAAUGAAAAUUUAUGAAAAAGAUGAACAGAAGCAAAGGGCUUUGCUGGGCUAUGCUGACAACCAAUGUAAGCUGGAGCUACAGGGUAUCAAGGGUAUAGUUGAUCAUGCAGCAGCUUUUGGAAGAAUUGCCUUUUCUUGCCCCAAAAAAGAGUUGCCAGACAUAGAAGACUUGAUGAAAAGGGAGAACCAGAAGAUUCUGACUCCCCUGGUGAGUCUGGACACCCCGGGGAAAGCAACAGUACAAGUGGUCAUUCUGGCCGACCCUGAUGGACAUGAAAUUUGCUUCGUGGGAGAUGAAGCAUUUCGAGAACUUUCCAAAAUGGAUCCAGAGGGAAGCAAACUGUUAGAUGAGGCGAUGGCGGCAGAUAAAAGUGAUGAGUGGUUUGCCAAACAAAAUAAACCAAAGGCUUCAGGUUAA